GCAGUACUGUAUGAGAAGCAGCACAGUGACAUGUGGAGGGACUGGGGCUGUUUGUACUAAUUGCAGCCUCAACAGUGACAUCUUCCUCACCCCAUUUCCUUACUGUGUCCCCCCCCCUGGCAGCAGGGAAUGAAGGGAAUAUUGUACUGCCGCUUUCCUGUUCCUUCCACAUGGCAGUGGGCACACUAUGGGUUAAUCCCCCCUGCCUCGUGAUUGGACAGGUUUUCCUCUAUAAAAGCUUACUUCCGCCCCCUGGCCGCCAUCUUUUUUCCUCCUGUCGCUCCCCCCUGAUGUCCAGCAGACUGCCUCUCUCCUGCUGAAGCUCCUGAGCCGAGGUUUUUUUUUUAUCCUUGUGUGAGCUCUUGGAGAAGCCGACGGGCUUAUGGCCAAAUUGUGCCCCCGGUGCGGUCAGACGCAAUGCCGUGCAAACGGCGCAUGCGCAAUAAGACACCGUUGCUUCCACAGCCAACAUGGCGACGGACGCCAGCGUGUUUUGCGGGCGCGCGAACGCAUGGACGCGGGCGCAUCUAUGCUGACGCACGCUCGAUAUUGACGCCAGGGCGCGAAAACGAGCGGAAAUGACGCAUGGAAGCAGAUUGGCGCGAAAAAAAAAAAAAUGUAAAUUCUGGGCGCCAUCUCCCCCUCAAGCUGCCAGACUGGUAAGAACUGUUUGCCUGAAGUGCCUUUGUGCGGUUCAGAGGGUACAACUGUAAGUACACCUCUGUUUAUUACGUUAAGCCCACAUGAAUGAGCAGGACACCCUGGUACAUAUGUUCCUCUCCUUCCAGGGUCAGAAUUAGGAUUAUUCUCAAUGAGUUCCAGACGCUCUCAUUCGGGCUCAAGGGGGUGAGUUAUUAUGAGAGGCGAAGAUUGGAUGUCUUUUCACAUGGGAAUAUACAUUGCUUAACUUAAACAGGGCUAAUUGUAUUCUUCUCUUGACAGGAGCUCUCCUGGAAGUCAGAGAAGAAAAUCCAAUAGGAGACAAUGUGCUUCCUGCAACGAUCCAGCUUUGCCAGACAGCAAUUCCUGUGCCAAAUGCAUACAGAAUCCGGAAGGGAAUCCGGCUCAAUUCAAUGAGUUCAUGUCUUGGAUGAAGGAGUCAUUUAACAAAUCCAUGGCUGAUAUGGUUACACAAGUGACGGAUAACGUGCUUAAAAAUAUCAGCCCCCAUCUCAGCGGUUUAGACCAACCAACACCUAUUGCUAUUGAAGCUCCAGAAGGUGCAGCAUUCAUCGGCGGAGGACAUCUGCAAGGCAGCAGUCUGGAAGGCCGAAGUGUCGAACUAAGGAGGGAUAGCCCAGAAUCAGAUGGAGAGCUAUCAACCACCAGUUCCACCAUAGAGGAUUCAGCUUUCAACACAGAUCUAGUAGAGCCCUUAAUCAAAGCUUUAAGGAAAACCUUGGAUUUGGAAGAUAAAUUACAAUCUCCAACCAAAAAAGACAAAAUGUUCAAAUCCAUAGCAAAGAAAAACCAUUUGUUUCCUAUCCAUGAAUUUAUUAAGAAGACAGUAGACUCUGAAUGGGAAAAUCCAGAUAGAAAAUUCACUGUUUCAAGAAGAUUCAGAAAGAUGUUCCCCUUUCCAUCAGACCAAUCCAAAGCCUGGGAAUUCGCUCCCAAAGUGGACGCAGCGAUCACUCGCGUGGCCAGAAGAACCACACUUCCAGUGGACGAAGGUGUCUCACUUCGAGACCCCAUGGAAAGGAGGCAAGAUGCCUCACUCAAAAGAGCUUACGUAGCAGGAGGAGCUACUUGCAAAGCUGCUGUGGCCAUUACCUCUGUCACCAGAGCCAACAAUAUCUGGCUACAGGAACUGGAAGAAGCUAUUAAAAAAGGCGAAGACAGGAGCAAACUAGCCCACAUGCUACAAGAUAUCAAGGUGGCGAACGAUUUUGUAGCCGAAGCAUCCAUGGAUGUGGUCAAACUGGCAGGGAAAUCCAUGAGUCUGUCAGUAACCGCGAGGAGAGGUCUUUGGUUAAGACACUGGAACGCGGACCCGCAAUCCAAACACAACCUUUGCUCCCUACCUUUUAGGGGUAACCUACUGUUCGGACCAGAAUUGGAUCAAAUUAUAUCCAAAAUGUCCGCAGGGAAAUCACCCUUUCUCCCUCAGGAUAGACGAGAUGGGAGACAGGUCAGAGGCAGAUUCAUCUCUAGACCCAAUUUCAAAGAUGCCAAACAAUACAAACCAGGCAAACCUUUUUCCAGACAGUGGAAACCUAAAGACCAGUCCUUUCCGGGGAAGAGUGUCCAAAAACAGGAAAAAAGGGCAUGAAGGUCUUGGAGCCCCUCAGUCCAUUGUAGGAGGCAGACUCUCUCUUUUCAAGACGGAGUGGGCUCGGGAAAUAAAAGACACUUGGGUAACAGACAUACAGAAUGGGAACUAAACCAAAAAGCAUUCCUCCUCAUCCAAUCAAAAUGGGGUCCUUUUGCCCUAGACCUAAUGGCAACGAGCAGAAACACGAAACUGGCAACCUUUGUGUCUUGGGGCCGGGACAAAGGGGCAGCAUUCAAAGAUGCAUUUUCAAUAACAUGGAACUUCCACAGACCAUACCUCUUCCCUCCAUUUCCCCUGAUUCCCCGGAUCUUAGACAAGAUCAAAGAGGAUCGAACGGAGGUGGUGUUAGUAGCCCCACUCUGGCCAAGGAGACCAUGGUUUCCUCUCCUCCUACGACUAGCAGUCGAACAACCUCUCACCCUUCCGGUCCUCCCGGAUCUCCUCAGCCAGGGGGUAAUUUUCCAUCCUCAUCCCGAGAGACUACACUUGACGGCAUGGCUCUUGAAAGGAGGAACCUGAGAUCAUCUGGGUUAUCUGCUAACUCCAUUUCCACACUUUUAGCAGCAAGGAAAUCUUCCACCAUCCAAAAGUAUUUCACGGUAUGGGAAAAAUUUCUGGACUGGGGUAAAUCUAAUGACUUGAAUCACCAAAACCUAUCAGAAAUCAAGCUAAUAGAGUUCCUUCAGCAAGGGGUUGAUAGAGGCCUCAGCAAUUCCACUCUUAAAGGCCAGGUUUCGGCUAUAUCUCAUUUCUCCGAAACUCCUUGGGCUCAACAAAAAAGAUUGAAAAGAUUUUUCCAAGGGUUAAGAAGACUCAGACCUAGAGUCCGCUCAAUCGUUCCCCCUUGGGACCUCAACUUAGUCCUAAACUCCUUAACUAAGGAACCUUUCGAACCUUUGGACACAGUACCCCUCAAGUUUCUGACACUCAAGAUGUGCUUCCUUCUAGCGAUUACUUCAGCAAGGCGAGUGUGCGAGCUGCAAGCCCUGUCAAUACAAGAAGGCAAACUUUCUUUCUUACAAGACAGUUAUCUUAAAAACAGCAGACGAGUUUCGCCCUAAAAGACUCUCCGACUUUCAUACAUCCCAAGAUAUCAUACUGCCAUCCUUCUUCCAAGAUCCGAAGUCGGAUGAGGAAAUACGUCUACACACUCUGGAUGUCAUUAGAUGCCUGUCUAUCUAUUUAGAUAGAGUCAAGACCGUCAGGAAGACCGAAUCCCUCCUGGUGAUCCCCUCUGGGAACAAAGCAGGAACUCAGCCUUCCAAGUCGACAAUAGCCAAUUGGAUCAAGCAAUGCAUACAUCUAGCUUAUAACUCUCAACAAGACAGUGUACCCUCUAAUGUAAAAGCGCACUCCACGAGGGCAUUGGCUGCGUCCUGGGCAUUCCAUUCCAGGGCUUCGGCGGAAGACAUCUGCAAGGCGGCAGUCUGGUCUUCCCUUCAUACGUUUGCUAAACACUAUCAUUUCGAUGUUUUCAUGAAAAAAUGCUCGGCUUUCGGUUCAGCCGUUCUGCAGUCUGCUCUACUUGAUAAUUAAAUUUUCCCUCCCAGCAAUUGUGUUGAUCUUUUGUACAUCCCAUAGUGUGCCCACUGCCAUGUGGAAGGAACAGGAAACGAGAAAAUCAAUUCAUACUUACCGAGAUUUUCUUUUCCUGGACUGUAACAUGGCAGUGGGCACAGCUUCCCACCCUGUUUGGGGGAGACUCCAGUACGUCAAAGAUGGCGGCCAGGGGGCGGAAGUAAGCUUUUAUAGAGGAAAACCUGUCCAAUCACGAGGCAGGGGGGAUUAACCCAUAGUGUGCCCACUGCCAUGUUACAGUCCAGGAAAAGAAAAUCUCGGUAAGUAUGAAUUGAUUUUCUCGUUUAUUGUGAAUUUAUUAUUUCUCCUCAGACACAAACAAUGGACUGUGAGAGCUUUUAUUGGUGGCCCCGCCCCAUCCCCUUAUACGGACUGCUGAUUGGCUGCUGCGAAGAUGAGAAGAUCCAGUGGGAGCCACUUGUGUUUUCUAGCCGAGCCCUUUAGAGAAGACACAUAGCCCAAUGGCGGAAGGAAGAUACCCUUGAUCAUGUGAAUCUGAUGAAUAAACUCAGUGUUGCUAGGAAACGGCUUUCUCUCUCUUCGUUGUCGUUAGGGGCAGGACACACGUCUUUGUCUGGGGUGACACACGUCGUGAACUCCCUCCCCGAUACAACACGACACAACACACUGUGCAGCUCUCUGAUAGGCGUGACGCGUCUCCUAGCAACCGCGCAACUUCCGGGACCUUCAUCCGCUGCGCCCGGAAGUGUUCGGCUCUCUGCGCAUGUGAAAAUCUAGUUUAAGACAUGAGCGCCACCUGGUGGCGAUAUUGAGAAUAGACCGUUAGCGGACAGGGCUUUAUAGGCAAGGAGAGAGGAAGUGGGCGGGGCGCGUCUCCUAGGGCAACAGCGCAACUACUGGGACCAACAACUCAUCCUCCGCCCGCAAGUAUUCAGCUCUCUUGCGCAUGUGCACGGAAAAUGCACGUAUUUGUUUCCCCUGAUAAUAUCUGCCCCUAUGUGGGUAUUUAUUUCCCGCCUUGCUGCGGUCUGUUCUGGAGUCUGGGGGCAGUGUGACUCCUCCUGUUACAUAACUGCCUCACACUGGCUGGAGGCUUUAGGGGUGUGUCACUUGCUCACUAUGGGGGGGUCUCUCGCCUGUUCUUCUGGGCUCUUUCUUUCUACUGACACCCAGGGAAGCUUCAUUUCUAUUCAGGGGUGGGCCUUCCAGCCCAAGACAAAGUGACCAAUAGAAAGGCUCAUCCAAGCCCCAUUGGUGGGACUCAGGCCACAAGCAGGAAGCAGAGGUGAGUAAGGAUUGUGCUGAGAGUAAAGGGCCAAGAGCAGCUCUUCCUUGUGCCUAAUCUGCCGCCCCACUUUCUCUCCCAACAGGACCUGAUCGACUCCUCAGACCUGCUGAACAUGGGCCACUUUGGCUCUUCUCCAGUGUGCCAGGGCCACCAGGAGAUAACGGACCUUCCCGAAUUAUUAUAAGAUUUCCUUCAAGGAGCUUCGGCCCCUCCCCCAGAGCACAUUAUUCCCGACACGUCCCUUGAGGAGCUGCAUCUGCUCAUGCACUUCAUGCUUUAUCCGUCCAAUCAGAGGAUCCGGGCAGGCUCUGCUACAUCCAUAUCUCUUGGGAAGUGUCCGGCAGAAGUGUCCGGCAGCUCCAGACAGAAUUCCAUACGGAACAGCAUGAUCUGCACCCACAUAUGUACUGCCCCACCCCUGCAACUGGCACAUCAGGGGGAACCUCCAGUUUGGCUCUUUGUGCCUAGAUAGUCAUUCUGCACUACUGUCUAUAUAGUGUGUGUGUGUGUAUAUAUAUAUAGUGUGUAUGUAAGAGGGUGAUUGGGUUGUGUGCUGAAUAUGUGUACAUUGCAUGUGUUAAGUAAAUGUUUGAGUGAUGUAAAAUGUUAAAAUGAUUGUUUAAAGCUGUAAUGUGCACAGAUUGCCACAAGGUGUCAGUGGUGUCAAACAAGUAAAUGAAGGAGGUUUCAUGGGGUUACCAAGGGAAGGGCACAAAGGUAAGAGCAGCACAUGUAAGGGAACAGUUAAGGGGAUGGCUAAUUGGGAAAGGUAUAAAAAGGGAAACCACAUUCAUGGGUGGUUGGUGAAGACAGCUGGAAGUGGUUAGUGCUAAGGAUACGUGUUGAGUACUAGAUGAGGUAACAUCUAGCAUGGGUGCCUUUCACCCCAACAAAGACAUAGAGGCUUAGGAGCCAGAGCUCUGCCAGUGAGGGCAGCAGUGUGAGGAGACCCGGAGAGAACUUGCUGGAGUCUGGAGUAGCUCACAGGGACAUCGGACAUAGGAUCUCACACUGGUAACACCAGAAGGUGGAAAGGAAUUCCUACCCGGAGUAGAGCAGGGGGACGUAGCGCAUACGUCUGGUUACUAGGACCGGGAGGUGAGUGACCCUGCAAAGGGAUGUUCCCUUGACUCUAGGACAGGGGUCGUCAACUGAACAGUAAAUUCCUUGCAGGAGAUGCAGAGACUUACAGUUGUGCAUGUGCCCUGGGAUGUUACUAAAGUUCUUACAAUAAAUAUUCCACGUUUUUAUAA